AUGCAUCAACCGACGACGGCGUUCUUCACGCCAGAAGAUAAACAACGCCACCCGUACCUCUCUUCUGUUCUCGAGCUCAACACGCAAAAGGUGAUCGCCACUGCGGCCGUUAGGGUGUACUACGCCCCAUUUAUCAAUCCACAUCUGAAUUGGACCUACUCUAAACUGAAAGGUAUCCUCGUUUUUGGGCGUGAUCGCGAAGGACUGGGUUCGCUCGCUGGUGUACCUUCGCAGUUGUUGUCCCCACCGCCGGACCGUGGUGGCGCACAAGGACACGGACUGCGCCUGAAGGAAAAAUACUGGUUCAGACUUAUCGACGUGAAGACGGACAGGGUUGUAUGGAUGUUUUCUGUUCCGGAGGUGUUUGAAUACUGUAAGGAUAAGCCUUUCUUCCAUUACUUCACUGGUACCACCCGUAUGUUUGGUUUUUGCUUCGACGAAGACGAAGAAGCGGACGUGUUCUUUAAGAAAGUCGCCGACAGGACCCGUCGCCAUUUCUUUGGUGCCUUCCGCCAACGAGUUAACUCCACUAAGAAACAAGCGAAAGCCACCAAUUUGAACCCACUCAAGUCCAAGAACAAAUCCAAAUCUCUGCCUGCUUCUGCAAAUCAGCCUCCAAUACGACCAAGUACUACGACACCGCUGAAGCCAUGUAUGAUUUCGGGCCCAUCUCCUCAUUCAUUCGUGCACGUUUCCCAUGUCGGAAUAUCCGCCAAUGGCGGCAUCGAGUCCUCGAAAAAUGUUGAGCCGGCCUGGUCUGCACUUAUUGCAGAUUUGCAAGGGUAUGGCUUUGAAAGUGAAGGAGAGCUUGUGAGCGAGGCUGGUCAUGGGGGAAAUGGUGCCAAUGCCGACUUCAUGGAGGGCUUCUUGGCAGGGGCAAAAGCCGUUAAGGACAGGGUCGUUGGCGCGUCAACAGCAGCAGAAGCUGCACUUCGGUCAAAAACGUCACUCACAUUUGCGUCACCGACUUCGGCGCCGACCUCUCCGCCCACGAUCACUCGAGCGCUCUCACCGGCGCCACCAUUAUCCCCACCGGCACGAACACUCCCACCUAUCCUGUCCACGGGUUCCGCACCCGUUUCAGCACCUGAACCUGCGACAACAAUAAGGUCGCCGUCACCAACACCCGAGUCGCCUCCUCCAGAGAAGAAACGCAAGAUCCGUCGACGAGUCCUUUAG